GCGUGUCACGGUCCCAAGCGCCACAGUCGACUUUGCCAUUACGAUUUGAGCCGACGAUGCCUGCCUAUGAUGCGCUCUCGCAGCGCGCUCAGCACCGCCAGCUCGUCGAGGACAUUGCGCGCGACGCGGUGCAAAACUCGGAUCUCUGGGUCGACGAGGCCCGCGACGAUCGGUCCGGUUGGAAGCUCACCGUGAACAAGCGCAACAUGCAAGUGUUUCGCGCGCGCCUCGGCGCUGGGAAGGCCAACCCGUCGCUGUACACGUUCCUGAGCGUGGGGUACCUCGCGACAAGCUUCGACGAGCUGCGCAUGGCGCUCAACGCGCCGACGACGCUCGACGACCAGAUCAUGCAGUCGUACUUGCUCGAGAAGGACUAUGUCACGUCGCACGUCGUGCAAAAUUACUCUGGCGGCAGCCACAGCGGCGACGACUUUCUCCCGUCGGACGCGACCACGGACGUGGACUUUUUCGGCGUCAAGUACCUCAAGUUUACGCUGCCUGGUACCAAGCUCGGCGUGCACGCGCGCGACACGCUGUACCUUGAAUAUCUCACGGUGCUACCCGACAACCAUGGCAUCGACACGCUCUGCAAGGUCGUCUACUCGAUCGACAACUACCUCCCGAGCGCCGAGACGGAUGUGUACCGCGCCACAAUCAUGGACACCAUGCUGUUUCGACCGGCGCAGAACGGCAAGAUCCACGUCGUCGUCAAGUCAUACCACGACAUGAAAGGCAACGUGCCCAAGUACCUCGGCGACCAGUCGUCGCUCUGCUUUUGGCGCAUUCACCGAAAAGUCGCGUCGCUCGCGCACAUUCGCAGCCUCCUCUCGGCCACGCAGCUGCGGCCGUCGGCGUCGCUCGCGCAGUCGCAUCCGAUCACGCGGGCGUCGUAUAAGCGCAUUGUCGAGCAGUACGUUCACGUUUUGCGACAAAGACUCUGUCUGAUACGUUUUUGA